AAGUUCCUCAGUGAAUCAGGUGCUGUAGGUGCAGUACGUACGUUCCUCCAACACCUCGAACAGAAAAUCACACACGCAGGCUAUCUGCUCCCUUUCGCAGGGCGAGAACCGUUGGACAAAAUACUCGACUUGGCAGGGGAGGAGGGAUCUCUCAGCAGCGGCGGAAGCAGCAGGCCCCUCUCUCUGAUAAUCCAAAUCCAGCUGUCGACAAAGCAGGCAAUACAGAUGAAAUCUGUAGAAUGCACGCUGGAUACGUCGCCAUUCGAGGGGCGAUACUGGAGCUGGCUGCCAGACAGCAGUAGUAGUACUACUACUAGUAGACAGCUGCUGCAGAGCAUCCAGCGCAGACAAAGCAAACCUCUCCGCAAAAAACGAGACAUCUUGAUGGACUCGCUGGAAGGCGGAUGCUUCGUAGAGGGAGAGCGGAGCCGGAACAACCAAGAAGCCUCUGCUUUUCUCUUUGUUCUUAUGCAUCUCAACAAACCGAUCCAUGACCUCUCGGCAAUCCUCCCUCGUGCAGGGCCAUCGACACCAGGCCUCAAACACGGCCACCGCUUCGGGGAGCAGCUCCACUGUGACCAGUCUCGUGAGGAUUUCGGUCACGACCAUGCUGCGGCCCAUGCGGAAGGCGUCGUAGAAGGCCGGAUGGCUGGAUACGGCCGCUUGGAGGGACGUGAUGUCCGGUAG